AUGCUCAUCCCGUUCAUAAUUGCAUUGGUUCUUCCUGUCUGUGUGCUGACCACACAGCAUGCCCUUUCUGUCCCAGGACCCGUCGAUAACUCCACUGCGCCAUUUAUUUUCAACUCGCUAGCGUCUCUCUUGGCGCAAUGGCCUAACACGUACCAUGCUAAUGGCCAUACGAUUAUUACUGGAGUACUGGAGCCAUUCACACUUCUGUACCAUGCCAGGAAGGAUGCCAAUCUUCCACCAUCUCCGGAGUGGUUCGCGUUCGAUGCCGAGAUGAGCUACGGAAUCAUGGCCGGACGUGGCGGACAGACGUAUAUGCUCACGUACAGGAACAUACGUCCCAUGAAGAUCGUCUAUUUUGACGGAAUGAGCGCGUCGCUGAGUGGUACAGGUUGGCUCGACACCCAGGAAGUCCUUAUCGCUGGUAAAGGCCAGAACGGAGAGCCGGAUAGCAUUGUCUGGUGGGACGAAUACACUCGCGCAGACAAGCUGUGCAAGUGGGCUAUUCCGCGUGGCGUGGAAGGCAUCGUGCGGAUGAACGCCGGCUUUGAGGUGCUGUGGUGCGACUUCAAUUCGCCGGCGAUACAACUUGUAAGCCACCUGAACAUCACACCUCCGGGGACGCCUCCCUCUACUCCUUGGGUCCCUCCUGCUCCUGCUCCUGGCCCUGGCCCUGACAGACCCGGCCGCGAACCCGGAACAGGUCGUGGUGGACCAGGUUCGGAUCGACGACGCCCUGGAGGACCAUGGGGACAGCUACCUCCCCUAUCUCUUUCAGCAUCCAACGAAUGGCUCCGUGCAGCGAACCAUCGCUCUGUCUUCCCGCAGCCGCACGUAUCACUCGACUAUUCGACCUUCGUGACAUUCUACCAUCCGCGCCUGCACAGCUUGGUACCAUCGCGGGUGGGACAGCACAUGCGGCAGCACCGCAUCUGGCCGAACGUGUCAGAAGCUGAUGCACACUCUGUAAUCCACGAGUUAGACGAGGUGCUGCGGCGCCCAGGGUGGAGGAAUGGCUGGCCAUUCGGCACGGGAAUGGACUGGGCUGCGCUCGCGCGGGAUAUCGUUGAGGAGUGGGCGGACAGGAUUGACCAGCUGCACGAGUUCCUCGGAAAUACGACGGCUGAGAUGGAUGGCGGGCAUUGGCAGACAUCAAAUACAACGCAGGCACUUGCAACGGUCCGCCGGCUGGCUUACAGUCCACUGAAUCCGUACAUGGACACAGGUUCAGCACCGAAUGUAUCCGCAUGGACACUCUUUUUCGAGAUGAAGUUGUCUCCAUCGUCACUACUAUUUCCACACCGGCCUCUUCCUUACAGGGUCAACACGACAGCACUUCAGCGCUGUACAUACAGCUCGACGGGUUUCCUCCAUUAUAAUCCACAUCUUCGUAUGACAUCUCAGGAGGAGCUUCUGCUGAUCAGCAUCGAGACCAUACAGGAGCGAUUAUGUACUGAUUUUGGCACGCUUUUCGUGGAAAGCAUGGGUGCCGACGAUAAACUGGAACUCGAGGAGGCGCAAGUAUUUUUGCAGAACUGGGAGACGAGAAUUGCCGCACUUAUGGACUGGCUGGACUGGACAGAGUGGAUGCGGUGCGAGGAAGUCUGCCCGCGGGAUAGCGUCUGUACGAUGCCCCUGUGGCCUGUUGUAAGGUGGGGUAAUUGGCCUCGUGGAAAUUCAACCAAUGAAGACGACCCGUCCUCUUGGAAGCCCCAGUGCGUGAGCUUGGUUCCUAUGGAGCGCUGGCCCGGUCCGGGUCGGCGAGAUACUUGGGAUGACUUGUACAGGUAG